CCAGUUUAACUGUGGCAUGACAUAAUGAUGAGGGAUUAGUCGGUUGUGGGCGGCAAAUUAUAACCAAAAAAGUUGUAACAAGAAACACUUAUCCCGACUAAUAAUGUAUUCAAGCAAUCGCUAAGCUAACCAUCAUUGAAUCGAUGGGCUCGUCGACCUCUCCCCUGCACGAGCCGUCCUCCCGCGUCCCAUAUAUACCUAGCUCGCCUCUCCCAUCUCUCCUUACACCACACAGGCAGCAGCAAGCGCAUAGCCGGCUGAGCUAAGCUUCUUCAGAGCAGGGAGUGAGUUGGGUGUUGGCAUGGCGAAGGACAUCGAGGCGUCGGGGCCCGAGGCGGGCGAGUCGUUCUCAGCCAAGGACUACACGGACCCGCCCCCGGCGCCGCUCAUCGACGCGGAGGAGCUGACCAAGUGGUCGCUGUACCGCGCGGUGAUCGCCGAGUUUAUCGCCACGCUGCUCUUCCUCUACAUCACGGUGGCCACCGUCAUCGGGUACAAGCACCAGACGGACGCGUCGGCGUCAGGCCCCGACGCGGCGUGCGGCGGCGUGGGCAUCCUCGGCAUCGCCUGGGCCUUCGGCGGCAUGAUCUUCAUCCUCGUCUACUGCACCGCCGGCAUCUCAGGUGGGCACAUCAACCCCGCGGUGACGUUCGGCCUGUUCCUGGCGAGGAAGGUGUCGCUCGUCCGUGCGGUGUUGUACAUCAUCGCGCAGUGCUUGGGCGCCAUCUGCGGUGUGGGGCUGGUCAAGGGCUUCCAGAGCGCCUACUAUGUGCGCUACGGCGGCGGCGCCAACGAGCUCAGCGCCGGCUACUCCAAGGGCACCGGCCUCGCCGCCGAGAUCAUCGGCACCUUCGUGCUCGUCUACACCGUCUUCUCCGCCACCGACCCCAAGCGUAGCGCCCGUGACUCCCACGUCCCGGUGUUGGCUCCUCUCCCAAUUGGGUUCGCGGUGUUCAUGGUGCACCUGGCCACCAUCCCCAUCACCGGCACCGGCAUCAACCCGGCGAGGAGCUUGGGAGCCGCGGUCAUCUACAACAAGAACGAGGCCUGGACUGACCACUGGAUCUUCUGGGUGGGCCCGCUGAUCGGCGCCGCCAUCGCCGCCGCCUACCACCAGUACGUGCUGAGGGCCAGCGCCUCCAAGCUCGGCUCCUACCGGAGCAACGCCUAAGUCCAGCGGCUCCGGCUCGGUCUUCUGCUACGCCGGUAGUCGUCGUCAUGCAUGCGGUCUCGGCCAUCCGUGUAUCAAUGUGUUCCGGAGUCCGCCGUUACGUUGCUGUUUCUUCUUCCAAAGUGUGAUCCUUUCUUUACUUCCUGUAUGUAUGCAUGCAUAUGGAGAAUUUGGAAACGAAUUAUGUGAGGUUUAUCAUUUAUGAAGCACUACUUGUCGCA